CGCGGCGGAGAGGCGGAGGGGAGGCCGGAGCUUAUUUAAUGAAAAGUGCCAGAGACGGAAAAACCAGACAUGAGGGUAGCAGGUGCUGCAAAGUUGGUGGUAGCCGUGGCAGUAUUUUUACUGACAUUUUAUGUUAUUUCUCAAGUAUUUGAAAUAAAAAUGGAUGCAAGUUUAGGAAAUCUAUUUGCAAGGUCAGCGUUGGACAUAGCUGCACGUUCUACAAAACCUCCCAGAUAUAAAUGUGGGAUCUCAAAACCUUGCCCUGAGAAGCAUUUUGCCUUUAAAAUGGCCAGUGGAGCAGCCAAUGUGGUGGGACCCAAAAUCUGUCUGGAAGACAAUGUUUUAAUGAGUGGUGUCAAGAAUAAUGUUGGAAGAGGAAUCAAUGUUGCCUUGGUAAAUGGAAAAACAGGAGAAGUAUUAGAUACCAAAUAUUUUGACAUGUGGGGAGGAGAUGUGGCCCCAUUUAUUGAAUUUCUGAAGUCCAUACAAGAUGGAACAAUAGUCUUAAUGGGAACAUAUGAUGAUGGAGCAACCAAACUCAAUGAUGAGGCGCGACGGCUCAUUGCUGAAUUGGGGAGUACAUCUAUUACUACUCUUGGUUUUAGAGACAACUGGGUCUUCUGUGGUGGUAAAGGCAUUAAGACCAAAAGCCCUUUUGAACAGUACAUAAAGAACAAUAAGGACACAAACAAAUAUGAAGGAUGGCCCGAAGUUGUGGAAAUGGAAGGAUGCAUCCCCCAGAAGCAAGACUAAUGUGGAGAAAAUGGAAGGAAGAACGCUUGCACUGUUACUGGGAGAGCUAGCGUAGAGGAACUAUGUGUAAAUAUUUUAAGAGCGUGCAGCCAUCUUGGUGUGUGCAUGAGCAUUAUCUCUUUUGAUAUCAGGAUUAUUUAUUGCUAACGUAAAUAGAUAGCUUUGUAAAUAGCAUAAUGAGCAAAUAACUGAACCAUUUCUAAGCACAUUUCCCCAAUAGUACAGUGUUUGGAAUGCUAUGGUAAUAACAUCUUUUAAUUCUAAAAGCAUACCCAAUGGAUAACUGAACAGAUUGUGAAAAAUAUAUUGAUAUAUAUACUGGUUGCUGUGAAAAUCUAUCAUGGAAUAAUAGGGAUUUUAGGGAGGAGACGUUUUUUCUUUUUUAUAUAUAUUGCCUUUUGAUGAUAGUAUCUUUCAAAUUAAAAAGAUAUUUGGCUAGUUGUGUAUGUAAUGUUACUUUACAGUCUGACUCUCCUGAUGUACCUCCUUUCUUGGUCUUUCUCUUCCCUUCCCAAGAAACUUAGAAAUAAAAUGACGUGAAAACUUAGAUAUGUGAAAAGCACAACAACAUUCUUUUUUUUAAUAUACACAGUAAAAAGUAAGUAUAUAAAUGUAGAUGGCAGUCAGGACUAUAGCUUGCUAGAUUUUGUGUUAGCAAUGUAAAUAACUUGAUUUUGUAUAAGCUAUUUAGAGUGAAGCUGGAGGUGGCAACUCCACAGAACUGGGGAACCAGGCCAAGUCCCUUCCCCAACCUAAUUAGGUCAUUCAGGAUGGCCAUGUCAGUACAGUUAGAGCAAUACUGGCGUAUAUUUUCCUUAUUUAAUUGGUGUCAGCAUUGACGAAGUGGUUUGGAAAGAGACAUGCUUUAAUAUCACAAUAAUUUCAAUUUGUAAACCAAGAAAUUAAUUCUGUAUUUACUUGAUCUAACUUCAUAACAGCAAUUUUUGCCUGAAGAUAUAGUGACAUAUUUAGAAAAGUCCUAAUUACUGAGUGGACUGAUAACAUUUUAAAAAAUAACUUUAUUUGACACAAAAUGACUUUAUAUCCAAUUCUACGUAAAAAAAUAUGAGAGAUCUAACUUUUUUGUUAACUUCAGGUGUUCGCUAAAUGACUCAAAGUUUUUAAAAAUUUUUUUAGGACAUUCAAUACCUAUUCUAUAUGAAGUGUCUUAAACUAGGACUUAAACAAGUUAAAUGGUCAGACUGCCAUUUACAAUAAAGGCAGCACUUAAAAUUUUGAAUCUAAAUUUUAGAUGACUUGUAUAAAAAAACUAAAAGCAGUAUUUUUCAUUUUGCUGUAAACCAAGUUGGAAGCUAUUCAGCUAUUUCUUAAAUAUUAAUGAGCUUUGAGGUACUGUUUCUUUCCCUCAAACUGAAUGUAAUUUAUGAAUAAAUGCACCUUACAGAUUUAAUCAAUUUUUGUAAACUUCAGAUUUUUGGUGCUUAUAUGCUAAAUCACAUUCAGCGUGUAUAUUUUGACAUUUAAAAUACUUCCCUCGAUUCUGUAAAUUAAAAGAAUAGCUAUUUUACGGUUUCAGGGAUUGUGAAAUAAAUGUUGCAUUUUUUUUUUAAAUAAUGAAAAUAAAUACUCCUGCUUUUGCAUUGUGAUUUUUUUGGUAUUAUCUGGCAAAGUAACAUACCUACAGAACUUCAUAUUAAGAGUUUGUCAAGCAUUUAUUGUACUGCUUAACAUGCAAAAUU